AUGAAUUCUAAUGAUAUUUUUGAUGCCCUCAAUGAGAGUUAUGACGAGUCAUUAUUUUCAAUGGACGAUACUGACUCUGAUCCAAAUUUUAAUCCUGUAGGAAUCAGUAAUUCAGAAAGUGAUUCAGAUAUAGAUCCAGAAGGCAUUUCAGAGGGUGACUUAAAUGUUGAUAUACCAACCCAAACAUCAACAAAUAUUCUUCCAGAUUUAAAAAAUUUGACAUGGGGCCCAGCAGAUAAUGAUUUACAUGAUUUUACAUUUAAUCCUGAUGGAUUAGAUAUUGGAAUUAAUGAUGAUAUUUUAUUUAUAUCAUUAAUUGUCACUGAAACAAACAGGUAUGCAAAUAAAAAGUUAGCUUCACCAAAUAUAAAAAGACAUUCUAGAUUACAAAAAUGGAUUGACACCAACGAAUCAGAAAUAAAAAAUUUCCUUGGUAUCAUAAUGUAUAUGGGUACAGUAAACAUGCCAACUAUUGCUAGUUAUUGGACAUCAUCUCAUUUGCUAACUUCUCACUUAAGCCAUAUUAUGAGUCGUAACCGAUUUGAACUACUAUUAUCUCACAUACAUUUUCAAAAUAAUGAUGUUGCUAACCUAAAUAACAGACUUUAUAAGAUUCAAAAUAUUUUAGAUUUGUUAAAUCAAAAAUUUAAACAAUGGGUUAUUCCAUCACAUGGUAUGUGUAUUGAUGAAUCAAUGAUUGCUUUUCAAGGACGCCUUGUUUUUAAACAAUAUAUUCAAACAAAACGACAUAGGUAUGGAGUUAAAGUUUUUAAACUGUGUGUUAGUCCAUGCUACACACUCAAGUUCAAGAUUUAUUCUGGUAAAGAAUCUGAGGUUGACAAAAAUGAUAGUGUUUCUUCCAGAAUUGUUAUGAACCUUGUAGAUGAGUAUUUAGAUUUUGGGCGCACACUUUAUGUAGACAAUUGGUAUACUAGUGUUUCCUUAGCACAUCAACUUCUUGAACGAAAAACACAUUUAGUUGGAACACUCCGUUCAAAUAGAAAGUAUAAUCCUGACUAUGUUGUCAAAAAAAAAUUAAAAAAGGGCCAAGUAAUAGCUCAAAAAAGUUCAUCUAAAGUUAUGGUAUUAAAAUUUAAAGAUAAAAGAGACUUACACAUGUUAAGCACAAAACAUACAGAUAAUAUGGUUAUGGUUCCAAGAAGAGAAAAUAAAUCAAAGCCAGAAGUAGUAUUAGAUUAUAACAGAGGUAAGUCUUUUAUUGAUCUUUCUGAUCAAAUGGCUUCAUAUUGCUCACCUCUUAGAAAAUCAUUAAAAUGGUAUCGUAAGGUGGUAUUUGAACUUCUUCUGAAUACAUCAGUUGUAUAUGCUUUAUGUUUGUUUCAAAAAACAACUGCAACACGCAUUAAGAUAACUGAUUUUAGAUCAAAUUUGAUAAAAUAUCUGACAUUCAAACCCAAUAUGAAUCAAGAACUAUCAAACAAACAUGUACUCACAACAGCCUCAAGAAACAGAUGUGUUCAAUUUUACUUGAAUAUUGCUCAAGAAAAAUGA